AUGGACAUCCCGAAUCUUGCCGACCACGCCUUCUUGCUCCUGACCGUUUGGAGAUUGCCAAGGCAGAGUUCUAACACAUCAUCCCUCCACCUUGUCCCAAAGAACAGCGGCGACUGGCGACCGUGUGGUAAGAAUCGGGCGUUGAACUCUGUGACUGCCCCAAGUAUUCACUCUUUCGCUGCACGAUAAGCGAAUUUUCCCCAAGGUUGACCUACCACAAAAUCCCGAUCAAGGCCAGUGAUGUUCCGAAAACUGCAGUGACAACUCUCUUUGGGUUAGUCGAAUUCACCCGUAUGCCCUUUGGACUGAGGAACGCCACUCAAACCUUUAAGCGAUUCAUUGAUCAGGUUCUGCGAGGUCUCGACUUCGUCUAAGCCUACAUUGAGGAUUUGCUAGUGGCUACUUCUGACGCUGUUGAACACGAGAUUUAUCUUCGACAGCUCUUCAAACGGCUUGACUCCUUCGGCGCCGUAAUAAAUGCUGCUAAAUGUGAGUUUGGAGUCCCCAGCCUAGUCUUCCUGGGUCAUGAAGUGAACUCAGGUGGGAUAAAGCCCGUCCCAGAAAAGGUUUCGGCCAUAUCAACUUUCCCCGUCUUGACAACCAUCAACCAACUUCGCUGAAUUUUGGAGAAGGUGAACUGCUAUCACCGUUUUCUUCCCCAAGGUGCCACCACACUGCAGCCGCUCAACAGCCUGUUGGCUCACUACAAGAAGACACUGGUGAUGACCGAGGAAGCCGUCAAGUCCUUCAAUAACGUCAAGGCCGCACUUGCGAAAGCAACGCUGCUUCCUCACCCCCGCUCAGAUGCCCAGCUUACUCUUACGACAGAUGCUUCCAGCACCGCAGUUGGUGCAUCACUGCAGCAAACCUUAAGUGGAGUUCUACAGCCUUUGGCUUUCUUUUCGAAGAACCUCAGCCCAGCAGAGACCUGCUACAGUGUCUUCGACCGAGAACUCAUUUCCGUCUAUCUAUCAAUCCAGCACUUCCGCCAUUUCCUCGAGUGUCGUGAAUUCUUUGUUCAAACAGAUCACAAGCCACUCGUUUUUGCAAUGAGGGCCUCUCCCGAUCGAUACUCGCCCCGUAAAAUUCGUCAACUAGAUUUCACCUCACAAUUUUCCUGCGACAUCGAACAUGUCAACGGUAAGGAAAAUGUGGUGGCUGAUGCUCUUUCAAGAAUCGAUAUGGCUUCCAUCACAACAGACGCCAUAGACUUCACGCUCAUGGCUAAGGUUCAACGAUCGGAUGUCGAACUCUCCCAAUACCGCCACUAG